AUGACAGACGCGCUCGAGGCGCUAGCGGCGCUCUUUCCGCAACGCAGUAGAAAGGAGCUGGAGCUAGUGCUUGAAGCUCAUCGAAACAACGUGGAGCGGGCUGCGGCUUAUCUCCUGGAGGAAGCGCAUGACACGGGGCAUCUAAGCGCUGUCAACCUUUCCGAACCGGAAGAAGGUAACUCUGAACCGCAGAAUGUCGAAGAAGUGUUGCGGGACUGUGACCUAGUACAGUGCACGUCCGGGAGCGUGGAUAACGACGCGGAACCUGUAGCAGGCACAGACGACAACGUUGUUGACGAGGACGCCCUUUUAGCUCGCCACCUACAAGCAGAGUUCGAUCGCGAGUGGGCAGUCGCACUUAGCGUUCGAGAGCGCAACCGAGACGGAUUGGGGUCGCGCGGAACCUCCUCGCCGCCUACGCCUGGCGAGCAGCAUCGUGGACCCCAAGAAACGGACCGAUCGCUGAGCACAGAUGUGCGAGAGGUGCUUGAUCAAGCCCAAGAAACGAUAAGCCACUGGUGGCACGGCGUCAAGGACACGGUGCAGUCCUGGGUCGGUGAGUAUCGUUCAGCGUCUCGCUCUACUCGUGCACCGCCUCAGGAGGAUCCCUUUGUUGGGCCACCGCAUAAUUACGCCAUCCCCGAGGUUAUGAGCGAGGAGCACUCCGAAACAGCACCAGAAUCAUCCGACGCCUCGGAGCAGGCCUGGGAUCGCCCACAGCAUGAUGUGGAGCCCCGGCUGGCCAUGACGCCACGCCCGCGCCUAGCAGCAUCCAAAGAUAGCCGCACACUGGUACCUCCAUCCUAUACCAAGAAAGAUUUGUAG